UGACAUUUCCUACCGACCAGAACGCUCCUUUUCUGUUUUUAUUCCCAUGUCCUUGUUGUUCUGAUCGGGAAGUGAAAAGAUUUGCGGAUAAGAAAAAGAUAGUUUCCCACUCUCGAAGCACCUGCUAUUUUGUUUGGAAUUUACCUUGCUAGAGAUGUAGAUAGGAAUCAAGUGUUGAGAAUUAAAAAGGGUGUGUACAAACAAAAUUGCUCGCAGUGUUAUCCGUCUGUGGCAGUGAAAGUGGAAAUCUCUACUGGGGGCAAAUAAUAUGGUGGCUUUGGCCGGUCGCGCAAAGGAGUGUCAUUGAAUGGAGGCAGUGCUCAUGAAUAAAUAGUCGGGUUUCUGUUGAUACUUGAAUGAAUUUGAACAAACUUGUUUAGAGGAUAAACGGUGUCAAAUUGGAACGACUGGUGGAAUUAAAAGUGAAUUUUGUGCAUAAAAAGGGACACUGCAAAUCGAUAAAUUGAUUUUCCAAGCCCAGUCCGGAUGUCUCACCACUGUUCGAAGGUUGUAUGUGUUUACGUUUCGUGCUUUGCCUGCUAAAAUGCAAUCCUGAUGCGGAGCUGCUUUGAAGGCGAAAUUAUUUCGCUGAAUUGUUAAUGGAAGUGAGCCAUAAUUUAUAUUCUCGUUAUUGAUUGCAAGACGAGUGACGCCAAGCUUGGGGAGUUCUUUGCACGGAGGGGCUUCUUCGACUGAUAACUGGGUGGGUACCGUAAAAUGAGGCUUCUGCUAUGACAUCAGUGCCAUUUCGACGUGCUUGGGGCGUGUUUUGCUACAAUUAGACGCUUGAUAUGUGCUCUCCAUGGUGUUUGGCAUAGAAUUCCGCUGCGUGUAGUGUGUGCGUGUGCUUGUGUGCUCCUGGAGAAUUCACUUGGCGAAAGAACUUCUCACUCACAAUUUGCUCAAAACUGGAGGAUGAAAUUAGAUCCUCCGGUACGGAACUAAUCAACAUUAAGGAGUCAUCAAUGUUUCAGGCAUGUCGUCUCUGGAAUCUGAGUAUAGCCAGCGUACUAGCACUAACUUUGUCUAAUGUGUUUUUGACCGUACGGCUGCUCCAUAAUGGCGACUGCAGCAAUCAAUAUAGCGCCAAUGUCGAGGACAGUGUUUCGCUGGUUCCACGAGCCCCGAUCCUCACACCGGCAACCUGUCUGGAGUAUGUGCUGGCCGAUUCGCUCACAAACAACACGGAUAAGGCUGUCUUUUCCGGACUAGAUCUUCGCCUAGGACGAUGGGACGCCCGGAGAAUGUACAAAUUUUUCGAUUUUGCUGUGAUUGGUGAAAAGUACCCGGAACUAUCCGAAAAGUACAGUGUUUGCUUAGCAACUCAAAGCUCAUUGGAGAAAAUCUACUCUCUAGUUCAGGUCUCGCACCAUUGGUCCGGUCCAAUAUCGACAGCCAUUUUUGCGGCCGGAAACGACGAACUCUACCUGCUACAGAUUUAUCUAUCCUACUUGAGGAACUGCUUCAAAACAAUUCGCGAACGGGUCAGCUUCCACCUGGCUCUGCCGAAGGAUCGCGCUCCGACCCAUCUGAAAAGCAUCCACGUGGGUGACUUUACCAAGUUCGAUUGUGCCAAACCGGAAGCGACGUUGAACGAUUUGAUAAAGCUGCGUAAGGCGGACACCAACAAGUGGCGCAUCAAGAAUCCUUACCCGCAGAACCAUCUACGAAACGUCGCCCGCAAGGGGUGCCAAAGUACGUACGUUUUCCUGACCGACGUCGACAUCGUUCCAAGCGUAAACUUUGCCGAACAUUUGGAUAAGUUUCUCAGAAGCCGGCGACCGCAGCACCAACAGACGGCAUACGUUGUGCCGACGUACGAGCUGGACGAGCGGGUUCGGUUUCCCCGCAACAAGACUGAUCUGAUACGGUUGGCCAACAAGGGACUGGCCCGACCGUUUCAUCACAAAGUUUUCAUCUACAACCAGUUUGCGACCAACUUUUCGAGAUGGCAAGCAGACGUUUCGGAAAGUGAAGUUACACGAGUUUCUCACAAUGUGACAAACUUCGAGUUCUUGUACGAACCAUUCUACGUGGCACCCGACACGGUGCCACCACACGACGAGCGGUUCCUAGGCUAUGGAUAUACCAGGAAUACUCAGGUCUACGAGAUGUUCGUCGCUGGGUACCAAUUUCAGGUGCUGACGCCCCUUUUCACCGUACACUGGGGUCUACAGAAUAAAAAAAGUCGACCGGCUUGGCGUGAACGGCAAAAUAAUGUCAACCGGAAGUACUUUGAGAUCUUCAAGCGGGAGGUGUUUGCCCGCUACCAUAAGGACCCGUUGCGUAUGUUGCUACCGAAGAAGGUUCAAAAACAGCAUGGCGUGGGGGCUGGAGCAGGCGUGGCUGCUGGUGCUAGCGGUGGAGCUGGCGGUGGAGCAGUGGGUGGUGCCGAAAACAACGGUUGAUGAUAAUUGGCGCAUAAUGAUUUACUUACUGAAUGCACAAUGAACAGUCACAACACAACAUUAUCAUUAUGUCGUUAUUGAGAACAAAACAGAGUAGCGAAAAGAAAUAUUAACUCAACAACAUAUAAAUAGCAGCACGUGAAUUCAUGCUUCUCCUGCCAAAUUAGACUAUAAAUAAAUUUAAUUGGUAUCGUAUACAUUGCAAUGUUUCGGGUCAUAUUUCCAUUCCGUGUAAAAAUGAUUUAUAAUUUGUUUUAAUUAUGUUACGAAUCGAUUACAAUUAAUGUUAUUAACAACGCUAGGCUUUGCGAAAUUUCACUUGUAGUCAACAAUGUAUAUAUCAUUUUCGAAAUUAACAUGUGAAGCAUAGCAAUGUGAGAAACGCAUCCAUCAAUUGAGGAGUGCUAAUAAUUUGAUAGGGGUUUUUCUGUUGUUGGAAACAAUGGUGGAUGGUGAAAAAAAUAUUAAUUUUGUUACGUAAUUGACUAAGUGAUG